UCCAACCUACCAAACGUCACUCUAACGCGACGUCCUCAAAGACACGGAAGAGUUUGAACUGCAGCUUUAGCUUUAUUUAAACCUUAAAUUUAAUCUGAUGUGUUCAGGUUUAAACUCAGGUUCAGGUAUUGAGUGAAAACACCAACAGACUCAGACAUUUAGAACAAACUAAGAGUCAGAUCAGCAGAAACAGAGAACACGGACAUGUCUGCUGUAACUGCGUCACUCUGCUCCACGCUGAUGUUUGUCCUGUUCGUCUCUGCAGACCAGAAAAACAUCACAGCUGAGUCUGGACAGGACGUCACUCUGACAUGUCGAGCUCCAAACAACAACAUCAGAGUUGUAGAGUGGAGCAGAGCUGACCUGGGAGAUAAACAUGUGCUUUUGUACCGUGAUGGUCACUUUGUUCCAGAAGGUCAGCAUCCAUCUUUUAAGAACCGGGUGGAUCUGCAGGACAGACAGAUGAAGGAUGGAGACGUGUCUUUGAUUCUGAAGGAUGUGACAACUGCUGAUAAUGGAGCAUAUGAGUGUCAUGUCUUAAUGGGAGAAAUAAACUUAUUGAAGCUAAUCAACAGCACCUACCUUCAUGUUGAUCCUCCAGGUCAGACAGGAGGAGACACAGAGGAUGGAUCUGUUGGACUGAUCAUUGGUCUAAUAGUUUUUCUGCUUCUUGUUACUGCUUUUGGUGCUGUUGUUGUUGGUUUCUUUAAGUACAGAAAAAAGAAACUGAAUCCUGCUGAUCCACAUGUAGCAGAGCAUCUUCAGUCUGAAUAGCAGAAAUUCAUCCUAGCUGAGUCUGGACAGAACGUCACUCUGACAUGUCGAGCUGUAAAAAAAAUGAGUCAGAGAAAAUGAACCAACAGCUUCAUCAGCCUGAGGUUGAUUCAACAUAGACUCACUUAGCGGACUUUUGCGUAAUUACAUAACUGCUGUUUUAAUCAUGCUUGUUUUUGCUGUUUUUUGGUGAUUGUAGAAAUGGUUUAUGUGGACAUUUAGCUUAGAGUCUAAAGUUUCUGUGGAGACCACAGGUCGAUAUUUGCAUGAACAAAGUCGUGGAUGGUUGCAUACCUCCUUAGUCCCGUCACUGGAACUGUAAAUCUGAGUUUCUAUGAAGUGCUGCAGAUUUAUUUUUUAACUGAAUGAUGCACUCUGAGUUUAUUUGUUUGUUCAUUAAUAACAUAAUUGUCACAAAUGUUGAUUGUUUUCCUUUAUUCAGGUAUUUUUAACAUUAUUAUUUGUGUUUAAAAAGUGUAGCUGCUUGUGUUGUAUGUCUGGUCUUGUAUGUGUGUUUGUGUUUCCUGCUGCUCACACACAGGAUUAGAAAAGCCUGAAAACUCAGUGAUCACAGAGUCUGUGAGCUCCAAAUGUUUGUAUGUAGGACAGAGAACAAAGGUCAGUGUGUGAGUGUCUCUGUGUUUGAAAUAAUAAACUACUGGAUUAGUCUGAUCCUGUUAUCAUCCUCUGUUAUUUCAUCAAUGAGUCUCAGUCACUCAUUGUAAAUGACCUCAUUAAUAUUUUCCUUCUUAAACUGGUUCAUACGUGCAUAUUAUUCUGUUGUAGCUUAGACACAGCUAAUGUUUUUAUUUGGAAAGGUGUAGAACGACCAGGUAUCAAACAUCAGUCGAGGUAAACUACACAGCAGCACGAGCUUCAACGUACAGAGAGAAGAUUUGCUCAACGGUUAAGAAAUGUGAAAAAGGCGGCUGUUAAGGUGGAAUUCUAAGUUGCAAAUAGUUCCCUGACACCUGCUUGAUGAGGGAACAAGGUUGGUAUCAAAGUUUGUUGUGUAAAUGUGGACUUUGUUAUGUCACGGAGCAUAAAGCUGCUGACUGCUGCUGAGUGUAACAGUUAAGUUUUCACCCACUAGAGGGCGCUCACGCACCUCGGUACAUGUGUCAUGUUUAGUCAGUGAUGCAAAGAUUUACAAGAUUCACUGUUAUAUGCUAUUUAAGGUCAAAGACAAUCGUAAUAUGGUGUAUUUUAUCUCAGGGUGUAGAAAAGGUAAGAGGCUAAAUGUUA